UAUAUGGCACAUGACCAUGAUGUUCCAUAAACCCACCCCUAAGGGUCCCAACAAAAAAUUGUGUCAUUUGCUUGCACCCUCUCUUCUUCUGUGUAAAUGUACAAUGUUCUCCUUUAAAUGCAAUGUGAACAGCGAAUCAUGAUCUCAGACAUAGUCUGAGGAAUCUGCACCAUAACAAAAUCAGCAACAAAUAUCCAAAAAAAAAAAAGAGAUUUCUGUUGAAUGAUGAGGAAUCUACUACCCUCCUGUGCUGAUUGAGGAUAAGAACCAGAACAGGUUGCAGUUAAAAAAAAAACCAUAACUUGAUGCAAAGAGGAGUAGCAGAACCAUGUAACAAACCAAAAGGAAAGGAAAAGGAAAAGAAAAUAAGUGUUUGAAGUUGAUCGUUAAACUAAGGGAGAAGAAGAUGAGUCACACUCGCUUGGAGCAUUGUCAUGAAUGUCCUCUUAAAGUAUCCAAAUUCUGUUUUGUCCCAGAAAAACUUGGUGGCAUGGUUAUACUCUUAAUAAUGUUUGGCAUACUUGUGUGCCUUGUUGCAUCCAUAUCACUUGCUCCCCACUCAGCAUUCUCUAAACCGGACCGGUGGUUUCCGUUACCGGAGCAUAUUCUCGCCGUCCAGAAGAAUACUUCAGUCAUUCACAGUGGACCAACAAACAUCUCACAUCUUCAAUUUGGCAUUGCUGGAUCAGCAAACACAUGGCAUGACCGUAGCAACUACACUAAACUAUGGUGGAAUCCUAACACCACAAGAGGUUUUGUUUGGCUUGACAAGAAGCCUAAGAUUUUGCACAGUGACAUGUUAGUACCACCAUAUCAAAUCUCAAGGGGAUGGACUCGGUUCAAGUAUUUGCACUCAGCAUCUGCAGUUCGGAUAGCUCGGAUAGUUUACGAGAGCUUUAAGCUUGGUUUGCCAAAUGUUAGGUGGUUUGUGAUGGGGGAUGAUGAUACCCUGUUCUUUACUGAGAACUUGGUCACUGUGUUGGGAAAAUAUGAUCCCAAUGAAAUGUAUUAUAUUGGUGGGAAUUCUGAGAGUGUGGAGCAAGAUGUGAUGCACGCUUACAACAUGGCAUUUGGUGGUGGUGGAUUUGCAAUCAGUUAUGCAUUAGCAACUCAACUAGCAAAAAUAAUGGAUGGUUGUCUAAGUAGAUAUUUCUUUUUUUAUGGUUCUGAUCAAAGAGUCUGGGCAUGUAUUCAUGAAAUUGGGGUGCCCCUUACCAGAGAAAAUGGAUUCCACCAGUUUGACAUAAGAGGGAAUCCAUAUGGUUUUCUAGCAGCACACCCCUUGGUACCACUUGUAUCACUCCAUCACCUUGACCAAUUGAGCUCCUUGUUUCCCAACCAGACUCAAAUAAACUCAAUGAAAAAGCUCAUCAGUGCAUACCAUAUUGACCCUGCGCGGAUAGUGCAGCAAAUCAUAUGCUAUGAUCAUAAGCGCGGAUGGUCGAUAUCUAUUUCAUGGGGUUACACUAUACAAAUCUAUACAGCGUUGUUGAUAGCAGCAGACUUGCAGAUGCCAUUGCAGACAUUUCAGACUUGGCGAAGUUCGAUGAAUGGUCCCUUCAUAUUCAAUACUCGACCUAUGAGCUCUGAUCCGUGCCAGCAGCCAACUAUGUUUUUCCUGGACCAGGCUACAAAGGUGGGAAAAAGUGGAAGUAUCACUAUCUACAAGAGACAUGAAGGCAAUGAAUCAAAGUGCUUGAGAUCAGGCACCAAUAAUUUGGAAUUGCAAAGAAUUAGAGUUACUGCCUUGAAGCUGGAUCCAGAAUAUUGGAAGAAUGUACCGCGCAGGCAUUGCUGCCAAUUAUUGGGUGGUGGAAGCAUAAAGAAUGGCAGUAUGGAUAUCAGGAUUAAGAAGUGCAGAUCUCACGAAACAAUUACUAUUUAAGAAUCAGCUGUUUUUGUUUGGUUGGCAUAGUUCGUAGAUUACUGUAGAGUGAGUCUUAUAGGUCUGGCCACUUACAUUUCCACCUAUGUACAUACAUAGUUGUCAAAAUAUUCAUAUAGUCUCGACUUUUAAUAAAUAAAAUGUCUCAGGAAAAUUUUCACUUGUAUGUAUUGGCUCAAACAUCUAGAUAUUAUAGAAAUAUGUAUUAUUUUUCUCUCCA